CAAGCUCCAAGCUGCGCUACACAUCUUUGGACAAGUUUCGCGCCACAUCUCGUGGCGCUUGCUGACAGCCUUCCUGCGCAUUUAGAAGAGUGCAGGAAGCGUAAGGGCAUGCCCACAAAAUACUAAUUGUAAAAUCAUUAAAUUUCUUUGGCAUAUUACCCGGUUUAUAUUGCCAUACGUGGCAGGAAAGCGGGUUGCGACAUUUCCAAUGACGAGCACUGCAUAUUAAUCACAGGAUGCAGACGAUGAUAUACAAAAUACCCUUGUCACAGGAUGAAGACAUCAAAAAGCAUGAAAAAUAUUAAUCACACGCUGAAAGUCAUGGUGAAAGUACUGCCGUCGCUGUUGCUUCUCCUAGCACUGAGUUCUGAAGGCACCUCCAGCCCCACCACGACCUAUAAUGGUACCGAAAUAGUCCUAGUGAAAAAAAAUGCAGUAAAACUCAUCAAGACCACACGCGAAACCAGUAUUUCUGUUGCUGGGAAGCCUGAGGAUGGUUUCCAGGGUCUCCUUCUUCAAGUGAUUGACAGUGAUGACACUCAGCUCCAAGCCUGGUUACUUGAGGGGCAUCAGUGUUUACCUCAGAGUGGCAAGUGGCAGCAUAUGAAGGCGUGGUGUACGAUAACCAACAAGUCUAGUUUUAGUAUGGGCAUCGUGACUGACGAAUGCCAGUUGAUGUGCACGGACGACUACCACCCACAAAGUUUCAAGGAAUUCGCAUUGGUGGCUUACGGCCCUUCAAGGUGGAUUGCAGAAGAACUACCCGACAACUCUAGCUUCGCAUAUCGGGAUCCAUCCAAUGUUCAACUCUUAAAUUUUUCUGACUGCAUUAUCCAUCCAUAUGACACGAGCACUACCUUAGAAACGACAACUCCCUCUGUAACGGCCUCGUCUCCAUGGGUGUUUCUGCCCUUGUUUGUCUUGGUAACAACGUUCCUGUUGGUGGCGUUGGUUGUGGUGGUGGUGAUGUUUAUAGUCCAUUUCAAGCGAAAGCAGCAAUUACUGUUAGACGCUGUGAGGUUUCAUUUCCAGUCUGGCCACCACGAUGAUCAUUCACACAAGGAGUGGGAAUCAGAAGACUCAUGGAUGUCCACUGAUUCUGUCACUGCUGCCCCAGUACACCCGAGCGUCACUGAAUCAAGUAUCUACAAGAAUGUGGCAACUGUAUGCGAUGAGUCACCUAUCUACGAGAAUUUGGGUGUGCAUCAUGGUACAAGUCGUGAAUGUAAUGAGUCACCUGUGUACGAUUAUUUAGAAAUUUGCCAGAUAAAAUCACCAAAUAACUGUAGGGAAAUUAGUUCAUGCGUUUAAUAAAGGAAUAGAAUGGAGCAUGUUCAUGGUGCACAAAUGAUUUCCCCUUAACCAAUUUUUCUAAGGUCAUUUACUGGCUUGCUUAGUGAAACAAUGGACCACACUGUCAAAUGCCUCAGCGCUUCAUUUCAACUACUUUUAACGCUUUAACUGUUGUGGCUUUUCCUUUUGCUUGAUAAAGUUAUUGACAGAAAGUUUAGAGAAUAUUUUCGAGACACACCACUGACAGCAAAAUUAAUGAUGAAAUCAUUCAAACCUUUUAUUACCUGCAACUUUAUUUCUGUACAUUGUCAGAGUUAUUCAGUAAGCAGGUGUCAAUGUGACAUUAACAAGCACAGGAUUAACAAGUUCUAAUGGAAGUCAGUAAGAUUUUCAAGUGUUUUUAUGAUUCUAAUGAUAAUUCACGAAGGAUUUGGCACCAGUUGUAAGAAAAGAAAUAUUCUUGAGAGCGCUACUAAUGUAUAUACUUUAAAAGACAUUGACUGUUUUAACAGAAUUACAAGGGAUUUUUUUUUUAUUUUUUACCAGUAUUAUCAAACUAGAUUUGUUGCAGAAUAUUAAUAUGAUAGACAGUGAAACUAGUUUACUUGCCCCAUUAAAGUAGUAGUAGCAGUAGUAGUAGUAGUGGUAGUAGUAGUAGUGGUAGUAGUAGUACAAGAGUUUCUUAAUUAUAAAACAGUCGAUUCGUUUUCGUACUAGUCACUCUUGCAAGAAUAACAGACUUCGUUAUCUUUGUGGAGAUUUAAUUGUUUGCGGUUGCAACAUAGCCUUUAUGAUUUGUGACCUGUUAAUAAAAUAAUUCAGAGUUGGGUUCACUGAAAAUAAGAUGGUACUGAAUAGUAUGGCAAGUUUUCUGGAGAGAGAGAGAGAGAGAGAGAGAGAGAGAGAGAGAGAGAGAGAGAGAGAGAGAGAGAGAGAGAGAGAGAGAGAGAGAGAGAGAGAGAGAG